CGCAAAGCCAUCGACCACCCAUGUGUUUUGUGGCUCAUGGUGAAGAUCGGUCUUUCAAAGAUCGUCCAAUACCUGCCGCCGCGUGGGAAGCACGAGCAAGGGAAGCGUUGGCAUUCAUGUCUUGCGUGCCGCCUUGAUCCCCGCAGGAUGAUAUCAUAUACGGCGCUCCCCCACCCCCUUGCCAACUAUUAUCCUGGCGUCCACCAUCAGGCUGUAAAGAGAGGAACUGUCGAGCUUAAAUAGAGGAGAUUGCUGUAUUGUGAACCGCCGCGAGACUCAGGUUGCGAGAACACGGCAAAGGCAGAUCACGCCCUUACUUGACUCAGCCCACGUUCUUCGAUAAAUCUAACAAUUCUAAUCACUCCAUACUCCCUUUGUCUUCGUCUUCCUUUGCGUUGGCACUGUUUCGUGCCUUGGGUCCAUACCUAGCCCGCGUUGCACGUGUCCGGUUCCUCCGCCAUGGCUGACAAGAACCCGAUCAGCGAAGUCGUCCCUCAGCAGGAGAAGAAGCAAGAGAGCUGGGGGGACUGGGGCAGGCGGAACUACAACGAGCAGUACGAGGCAUGGGUGCCGUGGAUGGAGGACAAAUAUCUGCAGUGGUUCGGCAAGGACAACAAGGCGUCCUACGUCGCCAAAGAUCAGCUGGACAAGUCCAAGGUCACCGGCGUCAAGCAGGUCGACAAACUACAAGACGACGUGAACAACCUCGCCGCCGGCCAGGUCGGCAAGGGAGGUCUGCUCCAGCCCGUCGGCGACAUGGCCAGCAAAGAGGGCAUCAACCGGGCUGAGCGCGGCGGCAAAGACUCUUCCGGCUCUUAUGCGCCUGGUGCCUUGGGCGACGUGGCCAAUCCUGUCGCCGACGGCGUCAAGGGAGCCGGUAGCACCGUCAUGGAGAGCGGCAAGAGCGCCGGUGGCUACGUGAAGGGCCUUUGGGGAGGAAAGAAGUAAACCGAUCGGACCGUUUAAAGUGAAGAAAGGAUGCGAUGGCUAAGACGGUGUGUCGGGAAGGCGCACAGAUGGUUAACAAGAUGAACGUUUGUUUUUGGAUACCCGGGAAUCCGAACUUUUUAUGGCUCAAAAUUGUUAUUGCGUAGAUCGAACAAAAUGUAUGUCUCGACGCACAGGCUGAGUCACGGUCGAAUUUGGCGACGGUUCUCUUUGUCUUGUAUUAUAGAACUUUUCAUGCGAGAAAUAUACACGUGGUGCAAGCCCUAAA